GGAGCCGGGUCGCGCCUGACGCCUGUCCGCCCCGCGCGCGCCCCGGCCUCGGCGGCAUGGAGCGGCUGCACAAGCAAUCUCUUACCUCCCCUGGGAGCGUCAGCUCCUCCCGAGACUCCAGUGUGCCGGGCUCUCCCUCCAGCAUCGUGGCCAAAAUGGACAACCAGGUGCUGGCCUACAAGGACCUGGCUGCCAUCCCCAAGGACAAAGCCAUCCUGGACAUAGAGCGGCCUGACCUCAUGAUCUAUGAACCCCACUUCACUUAUUCCCUCCUGGAACACGUGGAACUGCCCAGAAGCCGGGAGCGCUCACUGUCACCCAAGUCCACAUCCCCCCCACCAUCCCCAGAGGUGUGGGCGGAGAGUCGGACCCCUGGGAUCAUCUCUCAGGCCUCAACCCCCAGAACCACAGGGACCCCUCGGACCAGCCUGCCGCAUUUCCACCAUCCCGAGACCACCCGCCCAGAUUUCAACAUCUACAAGAAGCCACCCAUCUAUAAGCAGAGAGAGUCCAUGGGAGGCAGCCCGCAGAGCAAGCACCUCAUUGAAGACCUCAUCAUAGAGUCAUCCAAGUUCCCUGCAGCACAGCCUCCAGACCCCAACCAGCCGGCCAAGAUUGAGACAGACUAUUGGCCGUGUCCUCCAUCGCUGGCUGUUGUGGAGACAGAAUGGAGGAAGCGGAAGGCAUCUCGAAAGGGGGCAGAGGAAGAGGAAGAGGAGGAAGACGAUGACUCUGAAGAAGAGAUUAAAGCGAUCAGGGAGCGUCAGAAAGAGGAACUCAGUAAGGUUACUUCCAACUUGGGAAAGAUGAUCUUGAAAGAAGAAAUGGAAAAGUCAUUGCCCAUCAGGAGGAAAACCCGCUCCCUGCCUGACCGGACCCCCUUCCACACCUCCAUGCAGUCGGGAACAUCUAAGUCCUCUUCUCUCCCUUCCUACGGCAGGACCACUCUGAGCCGGCUACAGUCCACAGAGUUCAGCCCAUCGGGGAGUGAGGCUGGGAGCCCAGGCCUGCAGAACGGAGAGGGCCAGAGGGGGAGGAUGGACCGGGGGAACUCCCUGCCCUGUGUGCUGGAGCAGAAGAUCUAUCCCUAUGAAAUGCUGGUGGUGACCAACAAGGGGCGAACCAAGCUGCCGCCAGGUGUGGACCGGAUGAGGCUUGAGAGACAUCUGUCAGCCGAGGACUUCUCCAGGGUCUUCGCCAUGUCUCCUGAGGAGUUCGGCAAGCUGGCGCUGUGGAAGCGGAACGAGCUCAAGAAGAAGGCUUCCCUCUUCUGACCACCCCGCUGGCCCUCCCUGUCCCCGAGGGCCCUGGAGCUGAGGCCACGAGAUCCCCCCCACAGCAUCUUCUUCCCCCCGAGGGCUGAGAGCAGUGGGAGGCAGAGCAGACACAUUGGGCUCUGCUCCUCAGGAAGAGGGGGAGCCUCGACCUCGGUAGGCCCAGGGCCCUGAGGUGUGGACUUCCUUCCCCGCAGCAACGGGCCAGGGCCUUCAUCCCGUCCCUGGUCCCCACUGCCUAGCCACACCCAGCCUGGACAGAGUCAGCGUUUGCACCCUCGCCCUGCCUGUCACUCACAUGAAAGUCCACAGAAGGGUGUGAGGAGAAACGAAGGGGGACUCGGUGUUCAGGCCUAUGUGCUGUCCUGCACGAGGUGGGGUCACUCAGCCAGGAGGGGACAGCUCCGGGACCCUAUGUCUGCCUGCCCCGGGGGGCUCCAGCCCAGUUCACUCCUUCUGAAAGCUCACUGCACUGGGGCGUCUUGCUUCUCUGAUGGGCAGGAGCAGGCUCCGGCCGGGCCUCCAACAAGGAGGCCGCCGUCCUCCUGGCUUGUCUGUCCUCUACUUGCAACUCCCAAGCUUCACGGUCUCUUGCUCCAGCCCCGGGGCCUCUGACGCCUUGGCUAAGAGUAGAGAUGCCACCUACAUAAUGCCUAGCCACCACCAGCCUCCAGACAAAGCCAGCCAGGAUGCCUCCUAGCACCCGCCCACGGCCUUGCCAGCCCAGGCCUCAGCCUCCCUUCAAGGGAAUGGCUCAAGAGGCCAGGCUUGGAGCAUCUCUGAGAGUCCUGCCUCCCAGCUCCCCUCAUUGCCAUGCAUCCUCCACUGUGCCCUCUACAGAAUGUAAUUUAUUGGGGUACCCCUGCUGCUUUCUUCACCUGACUCCCUGCCCUACCUAGUUGCACUCCUAGCUCCCCCUCUCUCCACAUAUGUAUGUGUAUAUAAUUAUAUAUAUAUUUUUGCCUAGGUCUGGUUUUGUUCCUACCCAGGCCUUGGCAUUCCCUUUCCACUGUGUGUGUGCUCAUGCUGGGAUGGGUGACUCUGUUUGGAAUUAAAGGUUUGCAUUGGGUCCCUAAA